CUCCGUCGCUGUCGUAGGGAGUGUGUCGUCGUUUUAUAGGGAACGUAUCGUCGCGCGUUGCCGUUCCCUUCGUAGUCGCGUCGCGACGGGUGUUACGCUCGCGCUUCUAAGACGCUUAAUUACGCUCUUGGACGGCGUCCACGCCAUCGUCGCCGUUCGUUUUGCCGCGAAAUUCCGUUAUGGAGACUCGCAACUUUCGUGCGAUACGGUGAAGCGCCACGGGCGCUAUCGCGCGAUCGACUUCAGUGUGUACGAAUACGCAGUGAAACUAGCGUCUUUCCGGCGCGCCGUGAAGUUCUCAAUUGCACGAUAUCGCGAAGUGGUGCGUAACUUGAUCAUCCCGGUAUCUGUUUCGUUCCUGGAAUCCGCUGAAGGAGAUACUUGGAGAGGAAGGACCGAUAGAGGAGAACUUAACGGAAUACGCAGCCGGAGAUUGCAGCCGUCGGCAGAUCGUGCCACGGCUAAGAUCGCUCAACUAAUAUCUGUGUCAGCAUCGCUCGGCGAGUUUCCGAAUUCCUGGAAAUCCCGAGGGGAUAUAACGAGACCCGCGCGGAUCUCGACAGUGUGUUUCGUGUGACAGUGACAGUUUGGUUUUGUUUCGGUUUCUGAUUUUUGUGCGAUGUGCUACCGUCCCACCGUUCUCCGUAUCUUCUAUCUCGCGUAGUCGGAGCUCGGAACCUCACGAUGGAGUGCCGCAAGGGUCGACGGAAAGGAUCGCCGAUCCUGGUCGGGCUGCUACUUGCAUGGCUCUUAACCAACGGCUGCGCCGUCGUCGCGCGAAAUAUAGAGAGGUACGACACCGCAUACGCCUGCGAGGGCAAAACGCUGGAAAUCGAGUGUGGCGAGGGGAAGCUGAUCCACCUGAUACGGGCGAACUAUGGCAGGUUCUCCAUCACGAUAUGCAACGAGCACGGGAACACCGAAUGGAGCGUCAACUGCAUGUCGCCCAAAUCGUUCCGUGUGCUGAACAACGAGUGCAACGACCAGCAGAACUGCAGCAUCGUUGCGUCCACGCUGCAAUUCGGCGAUCCUUGUCCGAACACACACAAAUAUCUCGAAGCGCACUAUCGGUGCGUGUCUGCAGCCACCACAACGACAACGUCUCGGCCGAGUCCGCCGUGGUUCAUAACUUCGCAGCCAAGCGUAUGGAGUACCGCUAAGCCGACCGUCAGGCCUCCCUCGAAGAUUACGGUACGGUUACCAGCGGCACAACAGCCGCCACAGCAGCCGCCGGCACCGUCCACCCCGUCGAUGCCGAUAACAACGCCGGCGAGCCCUACGUCAACAAGAUCCUCCGUCGACAUCGAGGAGGAGGACCAAGACUUAAUACCUCCUGCGAACGGUCCUCCGGCAAAUGGCCCGGCAAUGACGCCGAUUAUACCUGAGACCACUCAAGCUACGACAACGUCCACCUUCGCUCCCUGGAGAACUAGUCGAAGGACCACCGUACCAAGCACACUGUAUCCGGAGUCCAGCUCGAACGGUCAGUGGUACGAUUACGGUAGACAGGUGUGUCCCCCGGUGAUAGCCAGGAACUUGUCCUGGAACACGACCAGGGCCGGCGACGUGGCUGUGCAGAGCUGUCCCGGCGGUGCCAACGGUCUGGCCAGAUGGCGAUGUCUCGCCCGCGGAGACUCUGCCUUUUGGCACCGCGAUACUCCAGACUUGAGCGAGUGCCGAUCCGUCUGGCUGACCACGCUAGAAAAUCGCGUGACGGACGGCGACGUGAUCCUCGGCAUCAGCAGAGAGCUCUCGCAGGUGACCAACAAUAGUCGUGGUUUGUACGGCGGCGACAUGAUGAUCACCACCAAGAUCAUCAAAAACAUGGCCGAGAAGAUGGCGCUGGACAUAAAGACUUACCAGGAUCCGAAUCAGAGAGAGGUCAGCGUCACGGAGUUGCUCCAAGGCGUAGUGAGGACCGGCAGCAAUCUACUCGACAAGGCGCAAAUGGCGUCCUGGAAAGAUCUCAGUCAUCAGGAGCAGAUGAGGGUUGCCACGUCGCUGCUGAUCGGUCUCGAGGAGAACGCCUUCUUAUUGGCCGACACGCUCAUGCACGAGAAGACCAUCAUACACGAGGGCAAAAACAUACUGAUGGAAGUUCGCGUACUGGACGCGCGCAACAUCGACAACGAGCUAGAAGUUUUCCCCAGCGACGCCGCCCAGCAAAAGUGGACCGUCUCGAACGAUCACGUGGAACUUACCAGGGGCGCUUUGGUGGAUAGCAACGAGGGCGGUGUCGUGCGGCUGGUCUUCAUGGCAUUUGACAGACUCGAGGAGAUACUGCAGCCGCAAGCCGAGCCGCCGUCCGUCGUCAUGAACGACGAUCCCCAGCCCGUGUCGCGGAGAAACACCACUCGUAUUCUCAACAGCAAAGUUAUCUCGGCGUCCUUGGGAAAAGGCCGGCACAUACAGCUCUCGGAGCCCGUCCGGGUGUAUUUCAGGCAUCUGGUAGUCGAGAAUGUCACCAACCCCACUUGCGUCUUCUGGGAUUACAUCUUGAGUGCGUGGUCGGACGAGGGAUGCCAAAUACAAAAGACCAACGAGACUCACACCGUAUGCGAAUGCAAUCACCUGACGAACUUUGCCGUGCUGAUGGACGUGCACGCCGUCAGAUUGGACAUCGCUCAUCAAGUCGCUCUGCAAAUCAUCACGUAUAUAGGCUGCAUCAUUUCCGUCGUCUGUCUCGUUCUGGCCAUUCUCACAUUUCAAUUAUUUCGCGGACUGAAGUCGGAUAGGACGACGAUUCACAAGAAUCUCUGCAUGUGCCUGCUGAUAGCCGAGAUACUCUUUGUUUGUGGGAUCGGUCAGACGAAUCAGAGGGUCCUCUGCGGCAUCGUGGCCGGCUUAUUGCACUUCUUCUUCUUGUGUGCAUUUGCCUGGAUGUUCCUCGAAGGAUUCCAAUUAUACGUGAUGCUGAUCGAAGUCUUCGAGGCGGAAAAAUCUCGACUUCGUUGGUAUUAUCUGGUCGCAUAUGGCGCACCGCUACUGGUUGUAGGAAUUUCCUGCAUAAUUGAUCCACUCAGCUACGGUACCGAUCGGUAUUGCUGGCUGCGUGCAGAUAAUUAUUUCAUCUUUAGCUUCGUUGGGCCUGUGAUACUCGUUAUAUUGGCGAAUCUGGUAUUUCUAUCGAUGGCGAUCUACAUGAUGUGUCGGCAUGCGAACACUACCGUAGCCAUGAAAAGUAAAGAGCAUUCCCGACUGGCUAGCGCAAGUGGAAAGGAAGAGAAUGCUCUUCCCAACAAAUUGCAAGCGCACUUGGCCUGGCUGCGGGGAGCUAUCGUGCUAGUGUUUCUACUAGGUCUGACCUGGACGUUCGGGCUCCUCUACUUAAACCAAGAGUCCGUUGUGAUGGCGUACAUCUUCACCGUAUUGAACAGUCUCCAGGGGCUGUUUAUCUUUGUGUUCCAUUGCGUACAGAACGAGAAGGUGAGGAAGGAGUAUAGAAAGUUCGUGCGUCGCCAUUCCUGGCUGCCGAAAUGCCUGAGGUGCUCGAAGACGGUGACGGGCGGCUCGGCCGGCUCCACCGGUGGCACCGGCGGCGCCGGCGGCGCCAACGGUGGCAAGGACUUCGCCUCGCACAACACCUCGUCGAAUCCGUCGGCCCCUACCACCGAUAGCUCCGGACUGUCACCUCAUGCGGCUACCAAUUACUUGGUAUCCGGUCGAAGCUGGGCGAUAGUCGAUAGGCAGCCGGCAGUACCGGUGCCAGAUGAAUCUGCCUCGACCGAGGCUCACAUCGUGGCCACCCUGCCGUACGCACGUCACGCCUUCUUACCCUCAGCUCCCAAUAUCCCCAAAUCUGCCACCGCCACUUGGGGCCACCUUAACAAAAACCUCAUGUGGAAGAACAUUUCUUUUAAGUCCUACUCCCGCGAUUCCGGACACGGCGGCUCCGAACAGGAGGAUUCCCCGCGGACACACAACACCCUGACACUCGGCCAUUCCGGUAGGAGACGUGGACCGAAUGACGGCGGCGAGAUGAACACCGGUACCAGGACGACCGGCGGUGGUAGACGUGCCGCGAUGCCAUACAAUCACACUUACACCGAGAUCGUGGAUGGUCGCGGCAAUGGCGGUGCCGGGCAUCAUCAGUUGCACGGUCACCACGGCCAACACGUGCAUCUGCCGCGCGGCCUCAUCAACGAGGACGACCCGGUAUACGAGGAGAUCGAGCGUAGCGGCGGUGGCGGCAACGGUAACGGCGGUGUUGUCGGCGCCGGCGAGAUCCAGGUGUCGGAUAUGUCCGACGAAGACGGUCGACGGCAGAGCGACAUGAGCAGACAGUCUUCGAGGAGCUACGGCGAUCAUCGACCGUUGAUACCGUAUUCGCCCGCCGCUGACCGCAACCUGGCGCAUUAUGGCCAGGCGAUGACGGAACGUGGCGGGAGUGCCGGCGCCAAUCUCGCGCAUUACGAUUCGACGGAAUACGGACCGACGGUGGAGCGUACCCUGAACGCCUGCUGGGAGAAGCUGCGCCGGCAGCAAGCCAGGUAUGAACUCGGGGACUUGCCGCGGCUACCAGCGGCGUACGGCAUGCCGCCGCAGCAGGACCACACGCGGACGGUGGCCGUACUGGACGGUCACACCGUCGUCUGUCAUCUGCAACCGCAAACGGACAUGUACACGGGCCGCGGUAUGCCGCCACCGUCUUACAGCGAGUGUUAGGUUCCAACCCGGUUCGAAGACUCUUUCUCGGUUUCCCGCGAAGGAACGAUGGACGCUCCCUAAGUGACGAAACGGAGUUGAAUCGUUUGGAUGGUUUGUUUCGUCCGGGAUUAUAUGGUGGUGGCUGGGAGAGAUGAUGACGGUGAUAACGAUUCGUUCCUGAAGAGAACAAUCACAUGUCGAUUCCCAUCCGGAGAAUCCGCGGGAGAUGGACGUGCCGCUUUUUAGCUCAAGCAUAAGCGCGACAGUGUCUUGAUUGGCAGAUCGUCGCGUUUUAGCCAUAAUCGACGUAUCGCGAGCGUUCUAGGGAGCGCCGCCCUUGUCUCCGUUCAGGUGGAAUUUGAUCGGUCGUCUCCUCGGAACGAGCGGGACGAAAGGAAAGAAAGGAUGAGAGUGAGCGAGAGAAAGAGAAUGAAAGAGGAAGAGCGAAUGCGAGAUCGAUGGGUAUCCAACUAGGCUGCCACGUCGUCCAACGGAUACCCGCGUCUCUUAGGAUACAUCGUAUUGAUGUGUGCGUGAGUUCGUACCACCGCGACGCGGACUCUGUAUAAUAGAAUUGUAGCGAACCUCUCGUUUAAGCUAAGUCGACGACGACGACGUGCCCGUCGUGGCCGGGCGUUUGGAAUUGGCGAACUGAGUGCGCGGGUAAAAACCGGAACGUGACGAGUCCUGAUGGGGGAUAGGAGCUUUGCGAAGUCCGAAGCAACACGACGAUCGGAGAUUUCGAAAAGAUUUAUUCUGGAUUCAAGCGCGAUGUUUUUGCGGAUUUCAUACGAGCGUAACGAACCAAAGUUUUGUUAUCUUGAUGUUAAAGGUAGCUCGUGGAAAUUUUUGCACAAUAUUUGUCGUAUAUAAAUAUUCGAGAUAUAUAUUAAUUUUUUUAAAUAAUUGUUUUAAUAUAUGAAAGCUAUAUAUAAUGUAAUUUAUAAAAAAUAACUUUAUAUUUUUUUUUUCUAUAAUAAUGUUAAAUACAUUUCAGCAUUUAAGAUAUUUGUUUUUAAGAGAUCUUUACUGUUAUAGUUUUAUUAGAGAUUCCAUCAAUCAAUUUUCUUUAUUUAUUUUAAAAGUAGCUAUAUAUUUGAUUUUAUAUAUAUGUAUAUUAUUGAUUUCAGUUUUCAUAAAAUGCGCAUGUUUUAAAAUGGUCUUGCGAAUUGUGAGAAAUAUAGUUUAGCUUUUUUGAAUAGAGGUAUUGAAUUGUUCGGGCAAACAUACGCGCCGUAUCGCGUUUCUAGAAAUCAUUUCAUCCAAUAUGUUUCCUACAGCAAUAACAUUCUAAUGUUAUCGAGAUUUCGAAACAGAUCCUAUCUUCGUGCGCGACGGACUUCAAGGGAGGAGAUAUUACGUGAGCAUCAUCGAUACUCGGCACAUCUGCGUCAACCCUUCCCAGACCCGCGUCACCGCCGCAUUGAUUGUAACGGGUUGGGAAGGGUUACGGGACACGACAAACCGCGUAUCGUAAGCUGGCAUUCAGUAUGGUAAGUGGAUUCACUGGCGGCUCAGUCGUCGCUCGUCCGGCAAUAUUAGGUGUCGCGUUGAUCGUAGUAUUAAACGCGGUUCACCGUAUAGCCGAAUGUAAGCUACGUGUAAAUCACCAUGUGAUGUUCGUAUCGUUUGCAUCUAGCUAGCUAUGGCGAAUCGCAUUUAAUAUGCCGCUUAAACGUUACAGCUCGUAUCGCCACAAUGCGACGAAUGACUCGCCCGGACUCUUAUCAAUUUUACUUUUGAAUCUAUAUACUAUAAGUAUUCGGCGGGGCAAAGCUUUCCAAACGUGGUGGAUGGCGUGGCUUCCCCCAAACUUUAGAAAAACAGGCAUUGUAAUAUAGAUCUAGACAUAUCGCCUCUGGCCGAAUACGCGACCAUCAACGAUGCGCCGGUGUUGUCGACAAGUCGAGGAUCGACACGUGCCCGUAUCUUGAUCCUUACGCAGGAUUACAACGGCUCGAUAAAGGAAUCGCUAUAUUAAUUCGUGAGAUGAGAUUGCUGUAGUGAUAUUCACUUCGCGCCAUGGUAAAAAUAGCGUUUAAAGUGACAUUAAUUUCUGAGAAUUUAAUCAAGAACAUCGAUGAUACCAUUUUUUAAAAAAUUAUAAUUAAAACGGGGAAUAUCUUUAUAUAUUGUGACACAAAGCAACGCAGUUUGGAGCGAUCUCACCGCACGUUAAUGAUAUUUUUGCUUCAACGCCUCUUGAUAAAUAUGAUAUUUGUUUUAUGCAAAAUAUUCGUCAAGAAAAUACAUGCAAAACAUAUUAUUUUACAAUUUUAAAUAUGAAAAAUACAAUCGGCUUCAGGCAUAUGCACUCUGAGUUUUUGUAUAGCAUUUUUUUUCGUUAAUCUUUUAAAUAUUACUAAGAGAGAAUUAUAAAAAGUUAUUUAUAAAUUAGUAUUAUUUUUUGAUAUGUAAAAAUUCAUAAACCAUCAAACCUUAAUCUUUAAUGGUUUAAAAUAAUUCAACAAAAUUCGUCACUAAAAAAUUAAAGAUUUAAUAGAGAAUUGUUUACUGCAAAAAUAUUUUUUUUAAAAAGCAUCGAAAUACCAGGAUAUAAUUUUACAUUUUAGUUAACAUAUACUGCAGCAAGGAAAACGCCCGUUAUCGCCCGUUAUGGCAUUAUACUUUUUAUUUACUCAUCUUUUAAGGCAGCUACCUACUUAUACUUUGUCUGAAGCCGGUUCUAUGCGAGGCUUCGUCCUGACACCCGGUGCGCUCCUCGCGCGAGCUUUCACCGAGUUGUGUUUCGACGAGCGAAUAACGAGCGCGUUCUCGGCGCUGAUGGCCGGAAAUUAGAUUUCCUCCCGUAUGGGAAGAACAAUGGAGAAAUCGAGGGGCAAUAGCUGAAGCGCCUUUAUCAGUCGUAUAUGGCAGCUCCUCGUCGCGCGCCGCUUUGAAACGUUACGCGUUUUAGUCCCAGAACGUUAUUUUUAUAAAUUAAAAGAUAUAUAUAUAUAUAUAUAUAU